UAAAACUGUGCUGCAUAAAUUCCCACGUAAUCCUGAGUCUUUAAAUACAUCCAUAUAUAUAGAAUGUAAAGGGUGGUGAGUUCAAGUACAUCUCACACAUGUAGUAAAAACGUCGCACGCUUUCCGCUAACAGUGAAACUUGGGUGAAAUGUGAGGUUAGAGGUGGAUUUUUUUUGAAGACGGUGGAGGAGUCCUGGCCGGUGACAGACAGGGGGAGGAAGAGAUCCUCCACCGGAGCAGGAAGCUGCUGCUGGGACUGCCGACAGAAGACAGAGGAGGUGCGAAACAACGUCGACAUCAGCAGGCAGGCAAAGCAGGCAGGCAGGCAGGCAGCCAGCGGGGCAUCCACCAUAAUGUAGACCCAGCGGAGCAGGAAGAACAGCCGUGCGUUCACAUCGAUGCCCCGGGUGCCGUGGUAAAAAAAAACACAAACAAACAAACAAAGCAACAAAAAGGAGCAGCUAUUUUGUUUUGUUUUUCUUUUUUUUGCUCCUUGACCAUGAAGGAGCUGAAGGGCUGCGGUAUGCGCUCCUCCGUGGGCUUUCUGUCCCGCAGAGAGCUGACUGGGCAGCCGCUCAUGAAGGAGGAAUUCCAGCGGCGCAGGCUGGCAGGCUGCACCAGCCUCUACAAGAAGGACAUGCUCGGACAUUUCGGCUGUGUCAACGCCAUUGAGUUCUCCAACAACGGCGGGGAAUGGCUGGUGUCUGGAGGUGAUGACCGUCGGGUGCUUCUGUGGCACAUGGAACAAGCCAUCCACUCCCGGUCCAAGCCUGUGAAACUGAAGGGCGAGCACCUGUCCAACAUCUUCUGCUUGGCCUUUGACAGCACCAACAAGAAGGUCUUCUCUGGGGGAAAUGACGAGCAGGUGAUUCUUCACGACGUGGAGAGGAGGGAAACGCUGAACGUGUUCCUGCACAUCGACGCCGUGUACAGCCUGUCCGUCAGCCCGGUCAACGACAACGUGUUCGCCAGCUCGUCCGACGACGGCCGGGUCCUCAUCUGGGACACGCGCGAGCCGCCGCACGGAGAGCCCUUCUGCCUGGCCAGCUACCCCUCAGCCUUCCACAGUGUGAUGUUCAACCCCGUGGAGCCCAGGCUGCUCGCCACCGCCAACUCCAAGGAGGGCGUCGGCCUGUGGGACAUCCGCAAACCACGCAGCUCUCUGCUGCGUUACGGAGGCAGCAUGUCCCUGCAAAGCGCCAUGAGCGUUCGCUUCAACAGCACCGGUACUCAGCUGCUGGCCCUGCGGCGCCGCCUGCCCCCCGUCCUCUACGAGCUGCACUCCCGCCUGCCCAGCUUCCAGUUCGACAACCAGGGCUACUUCAACUCCUGCACCAUGAAAAGCUGCUGCUUCGCCGGAGACAAAGAUCAGUACAUCUUGUCUGGGUCUGAUGACUUCAACCUCUACAUGUGGAAAAUCCCCAAGGACCCAGAAGCAGGAGGCCCUGGUCGCGUGGUGAACGGAGCUUUCAUGGUCCUGAAGGGUCACCGCUCCAUAGUGAACCAGGUCCGCUUCAACCCUCACACCUACAUGAUCUGCUCCUCCGGGGUGGAGAAAGUCAUCAAGGUGUGGAGCCCUUACCAGCAGCCCGACAGCCUGGGCGAUCUGGAGGGGCGCGUGGAGGACAAGUCGCGCAGCCUCUACACCCACGAGGAGUACAUCAGCCUGGUCCUGAACAGCGGCAGCGGCCUGUCCCACGACUACGUCAGCCAGUCCAUCCAGGAGGAUCCGCGCAUGAUGGCUUUCUUCGACUCGUUGGUGCGACGGGAGAUCGAGGGCUGGAGCUCGGACUCUGACUCGGACCUGAGCGAGGAGGCCAUCAUGCAGCUCCACGCCCGUGGACGUCGAGCCAUGCGGGCCACGCCUGCAGCCCCCACGCCCGCAUCUGCUUCUGCCGUCGCUGCUGCUGCCGCUGUCGCCGCCGCCAACCACCACACCGACUCCGAUAACUCCUCCUCGUCCUCCCUGGCCGGACCCGACGCCUCGGGAGGGGACGAGCCGGCCACGGAGGAGGGGGAGGAGCCGCCGAGGAGGCGGAGCAGACACCAGCGGAACCAGUCGGGCUUCCUGGUGAACGAAGACUCGGACUCCAGCGAGUUCUGGCUGGACCCGAUGCCCCGGCCCCGGUCCCCGAGCCCCAGGGACAACUCCACGCUCUCCAGCCCCACCUCGUCCCCGUCGCUCCCCGCCGGAGCCUCCAGCUCCUCCACGUCGACCUCCAGCUCCAGCAGCGAGGACGAGGAGCGGCGCAGCGCGGUGAGGCGGCGCAACGUCAUGAGGCGGCGGCGCAUGAACGUGGUCUCCAGGGCCGAGGACCGACCCGAGUCCGUGCAGGCUCUGUUCUCCGCCAUCGACUCCUGCAACUACCCGUCGAUCUCGAUCGAGGACUUGUCCACCUCCUCGUCGGGCGAGGUGCAGAACUCGCUCCGGAUCAAGGCCCGAGCCGAAGAGGAAAAACGCCUGAGCCCUUCUGACUUUGUGUGUCCGAGCCCGGUGAUGUCCCCCGAGAGCCAGGAGAACGAAGGCAGCAAUGACAGGACUGAGCUGGAGCGACGUCCAGCUUCGUCCCCUCGGACUGAGCGGGGGCCUUUGGACAGCUCGGACAGCGGAGAGGCCGCGGACAGUAACUCCCAGAGCCGCCGCAGCCCGGGAGUGAACGGGCAGCACCGGACUGCGACGCCGGCGAGCGAGAACCCGCAGCAGCAGACGUCCUCGGAGUCAGAGGACGAGACUGUCACCAGACCUCGGAGGGACAAACGGCCGGCGCCGAGCGCCCUGAGACAGACUCACGCGGUGAAAUCAGACGAGGGCUCAUCAGAGUCCGGCUCCUCAGCAGAAAAGAAGUUAAAGACAUAAUGACGCCGUCAUUUCAAAUCGUUUGUUAGCAGACUUCAUUUAGGAAGUGGGUUUUCUAUGGGUUUUUACAACUCGGCUUUUGCACUUCGUUUUGUGUCUUGUGUUCACAUGACACGUGGAGUCACACGGCUUAUCAGCAGGACUUUAAAAGAAAAAAAAACGUGAACAAAGUGAUGUUCAUUUUUGUUUGAGAACAAAUCAAUUGGACGGAGUCAUCUCUCUCUCCUCGGGUCGAACCACAGAUGACGUUAAGUGUAAAACAUAAGCUUAGAUUAUAAGGCAAAUUUAUUAUUUUCGUGCAGCGUCAGUAUUUCUCUCAUGUGCUCUAGUUGUUGCAAAAGAAAAAAGAAAAAAGAAAAAAAAGCCUCCACCCAGGAUUUAAAGAAGCGAAGGUCUUGCAUUGGACAAAAGCUUUGCGGCAUUUAAUUUCUUUGGUUUCGCACUGAGCGUAAAUCUGAUGGGGCUUAUUCUUAUUUUGAAGUGAUUUGAAACUGCUUCAGGGUGCCCGACUAAUGACUGCCUCCACACACAUCCUGAGGAGCACCAUUUGUAUAAGCUGUGCGUUGAAACGGGGGCUUGAUUGUCUCUACCAAAAUGUUUCUUUUUGUCUCAUUAUCCAGCCCCCGGGUACCAUUACAAGCCAGCUCGCUUUUGUUUCCUUGCAAUUAAAGAAUAAUUUGUUCUCCA